UGUCAUUAGGCAGAUCCAUAAAUAAAAUUGGGACCCACACCACGACCACGUCCCCUCAGUUUAAAACUUGAUCCUGACUUCAAUUUCAGAUUAUUAUUAUUAUUAUUAUUACUCUCUUCUCUUCACUCACUUACAACUCACAAUCCACAAUUCACAAACAAACGACCAAAAAAUAGACGCACCUUAUUACAAGUUACUUAUUAAAGUCUUAUUAUUUUACUUUUACAUAUAUACAAUCCUAUCUCUUCUUUCUCUCUCUCUCUAAAAAAAACCAUGGCAACGGCGGCGUGCGCCUUAGAUACGGCGGCUAGGACGUUGGCUUGUCGUGACGGCGCGGCGGCGGCGCGGCUCAAGGUGACGUCGAUCUUCGUCAUCUUCUUCACAAGCGUAAUCGGCAUACUCUCUCCGGUUCUACUGGCCAGGUUUUUUCAAGGCAAACCGGCUUACGAUAAGGCCACGCUAUUAAUCAAGUGCUUCGCGGCAGGAGUCAUUCUCUCCACAUCCUUAGUCCACGUGCUUCCCGACGCCUUCGCCGCUCUAUCCGAUUGCCACGUGGCCUCACUCCACCCCUGGCGAGACUUCCCUUUCGCCGGUCUCGUGACCUUGAUCGGCGCACUCGUCGCUCUCCUCGUUGACGUGACUGCCACCGCACACGCCGGGGUCCACGGCGGUGGUGAGGUGGCUGAGUACAAACCGGUGGGCACGAAGGAGGAGACGACGAAGAAAAGGGCAGAGUCUAGGAUGGAAUUGGGUGAGUUGGGUGUGGCGGAGAGAGUGGAAUCGGGUGCGGCGACGACGGAGGAGGAGGAGGAGAAUUUGGUGAGGAUGAAGCAGAGAUUGGUGUCUCAAGUUUUGGAGAUUGGGAUUAUAUUUCACUCUGUGAUUAUUGGGGUGACGAUGGGAAUGUCUCAGAAUCAGUGCACCAUUAGACCUUUGGUCGCUGCACUUGCGUUUCAUCAGAUUUUUGAAGGCAUGGGUCUCGGCGGCUGCAUUGCACAGGCAAGGUUUAGCUUCGGAACAACAGCAUAUAUGUGUUUUAUGUUUGCAGUGACGACGCCAAUGGGAAUAGUAUUAGGAAUGAUAUUGUUCUCGGCGACAGGGUACGAUGACAGUAGCACAAACGCCUUGAUUAUGGAGGGUUUGUUAGGCUCUUUCUCUUCCGGAAUACUAAUAUACAUGGCUCUUGUUGAUCUCAUAGCUCUUGAUUUCUUCCACAACAAAAUGAUGACUUCUGUUUCAUGGUUGAAAAAGGCUUCUUUCAUUGCACUUGUUCUUGGCUCAACCUCAAUGUCUAUCUUAGCCCUUUGGGCUUAAUAUAAUUAAACAAACUUAUUGUCACAUAUUUUCUUAUAAAUAUUGGUACUGGUUCCGCCAAUAAUGAAUAGAGAAAAUCCCCAAAAGGAUAAGGAAAAAAAUAAAAGAAAAUCCAUCUUUUGUUUUUUUUUUUUUUAAGAAAAAAAUUGCAUUUUGUUUUUGAUAAAAUCACACCAUGCUACUAUAAUCAAUCGUCAUUAUUGAAGUCACACUAUAAUCAAUCACCAUUAGGUUUAGUGAAGAUCAACUUUGUUAAGUUAAUUGGUACGUACUACGUGUUUUUGUUAAGAGUAGAAGAGUUAGUUAAUCCUCUCAACUAACUUUCUGUUAUUUUCUCUGUAUUCAAACUCACUGUAACAACUUUCUGUUA